ACAAAUCAUCUUACAACUGUGUUCUACUAUUCACUACUACAGGUGUUGUCUCUCACCCGUUCAUUCAGUACCUUGUGUAUCAAAGAGCAAGUCGAUACCUCGUGAGUGAAGUUCAGGUCUCGAACUACGAUACCUUCCAAAUCGAGCUAAGAGCUCUUUCCCUGACUCGAACGCGAUCGGUACAGUGGUCAAAAAAUCCGCAAUCGAUAGAGGCGAAAGUGCACCAGAAAAUUCACCUCCAAAGUGGCUUCGUCUCUUUUCCGACCAACCGUCCCUUCUCUCCUCCGCCGUUUCUACUCGAUCUCGACCUUGAAACCUAACACUAUCAUGUCGGAAGAAACAGCAAAGUUCUCACCCUCGCUUACAACUUUACUUUCGAAGCUUCCUCAAGUUCCACAUGUUGCUGGAACAGAACCGGAACGAGGUGUCCUCGAUCUCUUCAGGAUCGCCAUCGCACAAGUCAUUGUGGAUGGCAUUCCCUCUUUGACAGUCGAGCAAGUCUACGCUGGUGUUGACUUUGGAAAGAAAGGGAAUGACUUUACUGUUGCUUUGCCUCGAUUUAAGUUGAAGGGAAAGCCUGACGCAUUUGCGAAGCAAGUACUUGAAAAGUUCCAACCAAACGAAUGGAUCGAAAGUGCAGUAUCUGAAGGAAUCUUCCUUCACUUCCAAGUCCGAACCAAUACUCUCAACCGCCUCGUCCUCAACCAAAUUCAUGACCUUACUUAUAAUACCGCCUCCAAAGAGCCUGAGUACGGUAUCAACACGUCUGGCAAAGGCAAAAAGGUCGUCAUCGAAUACUCCGCACCGAAUAUCGCAAAAUCCUUUCAUGUCGGCCACUUGCGAAGUACUAUCAUAGGUGCCUUCUUGGUGAAUCUCUACAAAGCUUGCGGUUGGGAGGUCGUUUCCAUUAACUAUCUCGGUGACUGGGGCACUCAGUUCGGAUUGAUCGCCGUCGGUUUCGAGAAGUAUGGUUCAAAAGAAGAACUCGAAAAGGACGCGAUCAAACAUCUUUUCGACGUCUAUGUUAAGAUCAACAAGGACGCCGAAACCGACCCGAACGUCAAAGUCGAAGCGGCGAAGUUCUUUAAGCGAAUGGAAGACGGCGACGAAUCUGCACUGUCAAAUUGGCGAGUGUGGCGAGAACUGUCGAUCAAGAAGUACGCAGAAGAAUACGAUAGGCUGAACGUUCACUUCGACGAGUAUCUUGGUGAGAGCUUGGUUGGAAAGGAAUGGCAGGACAAGGCCAUCGACCGAUUGAAUGAGAUGAAUCUCAUUGAGGACCAUGACGGCAUGAAGUUGGUCAAUCUCGAGCAGUGGAAUAUGGGCAAAGCUGUACUCAGGAAGAAAGACGGAACCUCGAUCUAUCUUACUCGAGAUAUUGGCGGAGCUAUCGAACGAUACGAAAAGUACAAGUUCGACAAAAUGGUCUAUGUUGUCUCGGCGCAACAAGAUCUCCACCUCGCGCAGUUCUUCAAGAUCCUCAAACUCAUGGAGUUCCCAUGGGCCGACAAACUUGAACACAUCAAUUAUGGUUUAGUCACGGGUAUGAGUACUCGAAAGGGUACAGUCGUAUUCUUGAACGAGAUUAUCAAGGAGGCUACGUCUGUCAUUUAUGAGAAGAUGAGCGAGAACGCUGAGAAGUUGGCUCAAAUCGAGGAUCCACAGUACGUCGCUCAGGAGGUUGGCAUCUCUGGCAUUAAGAUCCAAGAUAUGUCAGCGAAACGAAUCAACAACUACGCGUUCAACUGGCAACGAAUGCUCUCGUUCGAGGGUGAUACAGGGCCAUACCUUCAAUACCAACAUGCCCGACUCUCUUCUAUCGAACGAAAGAACCCCGAACUCCUCCCUCUCCCCUCCCCCGAAGAAAUCAACACUGACCUUCUCACCGAACCCGCCGCUCGUGAGAUCAUCUUCCACCUCGCAACAUAUCCUGGUGUCGUCAGGAAUUCGAUGGAGAAAUCCGAGCCAAGUACGAUCGUACACUUUGCUUUCAAACUCACACACGCUAUUUCGAGUGCUUGGGAGUACGUGUUGGUGAAGGGCGAGCCUGAUUUGGAGAAGGCCAGGGCAAGGAUGUUCAUGUUCUUGAGGGCGAGGGAUGUUCUUGCUGCGGCUAUGAGGCUGUUGACCAUUCGACCCUUAGAACGAAUGUAGAUAUUCUUUGGCCAUUCUCUAUGUGUUGUUUUCGACUGCAUGAUCUGUCGGACCACACCGGCUUCGUCAGUGUUGAGGAAACGACUACUUAUGCAGUGUAUGAAGUAUGAUCCAUGGAAAACGAUGCAGAACUUCAUGGGGUGCGGCGUGAUAUGGAUCCUUAGACAUCAGAGAUCAUGGU